GGCGCGGGUAUAAAUACGCACGCGUGAAGUGGGGAUUAUAUGCUGAUUUGCGGUUUUCCGCGGCACGCCUUCUGCAGAGCUCAUCUCGCCGGCAAACCAGUCGCUCCGUCAUUGUGUGCGAAUUGUCAGCUCAACAUGUGAGCACGCAUGGAGCUCAUUUUUCUUAUUUAAAAAGCUGAAUGAAAUCUUUAAACACGCUCAUCAAAAAGUGACAAACAGUGCCAGCUACGAUGCAGGACAAAAAUGGAACAAAAUGGGCCCGCGUACCAACCGACGAAAUGGAGCCAGAUGAGAAGAAAGGAAAAAGGAACGAGAAGAAGGGCAAGCGGGAUGAGAUGCCAAGGCUUGGCGCCAACGUUCUCUCUGCUCUCGUCUACUGGUGGACACUGCCAAUAUUCAAAAGAGUGCAAGAAAAGGAAGUCCUGGAGUUGGAAGACUUGUAUCUUCCACUGCCAGAGCACGAGGCUAACUAUCUCGGCAACAAACUAGAAAGGAACUGGAAUGCAGCUGUUGCAAAGAGAGGGCCUCAUAAUCCACCGAGAAUUUUGUUUGUUCUGCUGCAAACCAUUUGGAAAGAGUUCCUCUUAGCAGCUUGUGUGAUUUUCACAAAUGACGUAGUGAUAAGGACGAUUCAGCCGUUAUUCUUGGGCCAAUUGCUCAUGUAUUUCCGUGAAGGGCCGCCGAAGGACGGGUCACCGGAAGUGACUUACGAGGAAGCGUGGUACUUGGCUGGCAUAAUUGUCUUGCUGCAGACGUUCAGCGUUUUCCUUUUCAAUCACCAUUUGUUUAUUGCUGUGCAAAAUGGAACCAGAAUGAAAGCUUCGACGUGCACGCUGAUUUUUAGAAAGGCGUUGAGACUUAGCAAAACUAGUCUUGGGCAAACAGCCACUGGACAAAUCGUAAACCUGCUCGCAAAUGACGUCAGCCGAUUUGACAUGAUUUCAAUGUUCUCAAAUUUGAUGUGGACGUCCGUGGUCGUCUUUGUGGUCGCCAGUGCACUCAUUUAUAGACAGAUUGGAACAGCCGGACUUUACGGAGUCGCAGUCGUUUUGGUCGUCUGCCCGCUCCAAUCAUACACCGGCACCUUGACGUCUAGGUACAGAGGCAAAACAGCAUUGAGAACGGACCACAGAGUAAGAUUGAUGAAUGAAGUGAUCAACGGAAUCCUGGCCAUUAAAUUGUACGCUUGGGAAAAGCCUUUUGGGGUCCUGAUUUCAACGGCUCGAAAAGUGGAGAUUAAGUGGAUACGCCUCGCGUCUUUUGUGCGAGGCCUGUACAUGACUUUUAACUUGUUCACAACGAGAAUGGCCCUCUUCUGCACGCUCCUCUCCUACGCACUGUCCGGCAACAGUUUGGCACCAGAAGACGUUUUUGUUAUUUCCGCCUACUUUGGACUCUUGUCACAAACAAUGUCCGGCGUUUUUGUGCGCGGAGUUGCGGAGUUUUUAGAGGCGUGGGUAUCGACGAAAAGAAUAGAGACUUUCCUGCUGCGAGAUGAGUUUGAUGGACGACCCGCGGAGAUCAAAGAAGGUGUAAUUGAGGGGAACGGUAAGUCAUUCUUUCGCACUUCUAUAUGCGAGGAGAAGGGGCUACCUGAAGAGUCAAACGGCAUCCCAUUAAAGGAUAUACCGCUAAUCGAUGACAGCCAGUAUGAUUUGAACUUAAUUGCAGAUCGCAAUCCGACGAAAGGAGUAACAAACUCGAAUGAGCCUCAGCCAGGCCGCAUCCUCAUAGAAAACGCAUCUGCUUGUUGGGUUCAAGGCGGCGAUAUUACGCUGAGAAAUAUCAAUUUGAAAGUGAAGCCAGGGACACUAGUGGCAGUGACCGGCGCGGUCGGCGCAGGGAAAUCGUCCCUGAUUCAGGCCCUGCUGGGUGAGCUACCCUGGAGCUCAGGGAAGGGCGGCGUGGAGGCACGUGCCGUCUCCUACUCGUCACAGGAGCCUUGGAUUUUCUCCGGCAGCAUCCGCGAGAAUAUUUUGUUUGGCCGAGCGUUUGACAGGCGUCAUUACCACAAAGUGCUGAAAGCAUGCUGUCUGCAACCCGACCUUGAUAGGAUGCCAGACGGUGAUGCUACAUUGGUCGGCGAGCGCGGCGGUGCGCUGAGCGGUGGCCAAAAGGCGCGAAUCACCCUUGCCAGGGCUGCUUACGCCACUCAAGUCGACGCUUUUCUCCUCGACGAGCCGCUUGCCGCCUUAGACGUGAAAGUUGCCAAAGACGUAUACGAGGGUUGUGUGGAAAAACUCCUGAAAGGAACCACUCGAGUGUUAGUCACCAACCGAACGGACCUUAUUGAGAGUGCAGACAUAAUCAUCUAUUUUGACAAGGGACAGAUCAAUGAUAUGGGCACUUACGAGGAACUGCAUAGCAGGGGAAAAUUUUCGGAAAUUGCUAGAGACCGGGCCAAUGACGACUUGGAAUCUGAAGAUGGUGAUAGGGCUUGCACGCCACUCAACUCAAUGUCCAGACAAAAUUCCACCAGCUCCAAACAUAGCUUGAACCAGGAGGAAGCUAAUGAUGAAGCCCAUGCGAAGCCUAAACUUGAAGCUGAGAAAAAUAUGAUGGGUUCGGUCGACAUUUCCGUGUACAAAAACUACUUCCUCAUGGGCGGAAAUUGCUUUAUGCUAUUCUGCAUGACCGCUCUCUUCAUUUGUACUCAAGUGGCUGUGAGCGCCGCCGACUACUGGGUCGCGUUCUGGACAAGGACAGAACAAAGGCGAACAGCUAUCAAUCUCUAUCUGAACGAAACAGAGGACUCCUCGGACGAAGUCUUGUUCGAGGAAUAUGAAAACUUGCUCUCGACCGACACUUGCGUGGCCAUCUACACAGGAAUCCUUGUCUUUCUGUUCAUCGUUGGAAAUUUGCGAUCAAUUACAUUCUACAUCGUAGCAAUGAGAUCCUCGAGAGGGAUUCACGACAAAAUGUUUAAAUCCCUCGUACACGCACCCAUGCAUUUCUUCUCGUGGAACCCAGCAGGCAGAAUCUUAAACAGAUUCGCACGAGAUCUCAGCGGAGUUGAUGAAAAUUUGCCCAAAGCUACGCUGGAUGCGCUUCAGUAUUUUUCAUACAUGUUUGGUAGCGUCAUCCUUGUGGGCAUCGUGAAUCCCAUAUUUCUCGUACCGUUUGUCAUUACUGGAUUGGUGUUCUUAAAAAUUCGGAACACAUACCUCAUCACCUCUCGGAGAAUCAAACGCCUGGAAAGUGCAGCGAGGAGCCCCGUAUUUUCCCUCCUUGCUGAUGUCUUGAGUGACCUGUCGACAGUCCGCGCACUGAAAGCAGAAGCGAUGCUGAGGGCCAAAGUUGAGGACUACCAAGACACACACACAUCCGCGUGGUACAUGUUUCUCUCCACUGGACAGGCGUUUGGAUUCUUGCUGGACAUUUUGGUGCUCUUUUCCAUCGCUUUCAUUACAUUUGGUGUUCUUCUCCUGCCCGAAAGUGCCCAAAUUACUGGUGCUGCUGCUGGUUUGGCGAUCACGCAAGCAAUGACGUUCACAGGAAUCCUUAACUGGGCCGUGCGGCAAUCUGCCGAGGUGGAAAAUCAGAUGACUUCCGUGGAGAGAUCGAUUGAAUAUACCAAACUAGAGCAAGAAAAGCAGCCUGACCCUUCAAACGCCUUUGUGCCAGAAGAGUCCUGGCCUUCAGAGGGAAAGGUGACCUUCAAAAAUAUCUGUCUUCGAUACAAUCCUGAACAGCCUUACGUCCUGAAAAAUCUCAACGUACAAAUCGCGCCGCGGCACAAAGUUGGCAUCGUGGGACGAACAGGCGCGGGAAAAUCGUCUCUGAUCAACGCGCUCUUUCGCUUGGCUCCUACCGAGGGAACCAUCGACAUCGAUUCCGUUGACACAAGCACGAUUACUCUGGAAAACCUGCGUUCAAAGAUUUCCAUCAUUCCACAAGACCCAGUUCUCUUUUCUGGAACACUCAGGUAUAAUCUGGACCCUUUUGGUGAAUAUCCUGAUCAUCAACUUUGGCAAGCCCUUGAAGACGUUGAAUUGAAAGACGCGGUCGCUGAAUUAUCUGGGCUGGACAGUCCUGUGGCUGCUGGGGGAACGAAUUGGAGUGUUGGCCAAAGGCAGUUGCUCUGCCUAGCGCGUACGCUGAUCAGGAGAAAUAAAAUUUUAGUGUUGGACGAAGCGACCGCUAAUGUAGAUCCAAAAACUGACGCUCUGAUACAAGCAACGAUACGGAAACAGUUCAACGACUGUACCGUGCUGACGAUUGCUCACAGAUUGAAUACUAUAAUGGAUUCAAAUAUGGUGCUUGUUAUGGCUGACGGACAGCUUUCAGAAUAUGGUCAUCCAUACGAGCUGCAACAAAAGAAAGGUGGUGCGUUCAGGAAAAUGGUUGAUGAUUCUGGUGAAGCGAAACUUUUUGAAAAGAUUGCUGAAAAGGCUUAUCACAGAAAAAGUGAAUGAUUUUUGUUAUGGUUCCUGUCAUUGAAUAUAUAAAUAAAAGUUUUAUUUUACUUUUAUUUUCCAUAAAAA